CUUUGGGAACUUUGCUUUGACCCUCUGGGCUCAAGCGACUUCUUCCUCUGUAAACGCCCAAAAGCCCUAAGCCGCACCAAAACCUGCUGCUAUCCCUCUCGUGAGGCAUCAUGGCGGAAGGAACGGACGAGCAAAUCUCCGCCGUCGAAUCCUCACCAAACAUGGCCUCUCUUUGUCUAGAUUCUUCCUUUUCGGCUCCAGCAACGGCCCCGUUAACGUUGGAAGAGAAGUACGCGCUGGUGAGGAGCGUGGCAGAGGAAUGCAUACAGGAAGACGAACUCAGAAACCUCCUCGAGAAAAAACAGAAUCCGAUCUGCUACGAUGGGUUUGAACCAUCAGGGAGGAUGCAUAUUGCCCAGGGUGUCUUGAAGACGAUCAAUGUGAACAAGCUGACAUCUGCUGGGUGCACUGUAAAAAUAUGGAUUGCAGAUUGGUUUGCACAGCUGAACAAUAAAAUGGGGGGUGAUCUGAAGAAAAUCCAAACAGUUGGUCGUUAUCUUAUUGAGAUUUGGAAAGCUGUUGGGAUGAAUCUUGACAGGGUUGAGUUUCUGUGGUCUUCUGAUGAAAUUAAUAGCCGAGCACAUGAAUAUUGGCCUCUUGUAAUGGACAUAGCUCGACGAAAUACACUGCCACGGAUAAUAAGGUGCAGUCAGAUUAUGGGUCGAAGUGAGCAAGAUGAGUUGACUGCAGCUCAGAUAUUUUAUCCAUGCAUGCAGUGUGCAGACAUAUUCUUCCUGAAGGCUGACAUCUGUCAGUUAGGCAUGGACCAGCGGAAAGUGAAUGUGCUCGCAAGAGAGUACUGUGAUGACAUCAAAAGAAAAAACAAGCCCAUUAUUCUGUCACAUCACAUGCUGCCUGGAUUACAGCAGGGGCAGGAGAAGAUGUCAAAAAGCGAUCCAUCUUCUUCCAUUUUCAUGGAGGAUGAGGAGGCUGAAGUGAAUUUGAAGAUAAAGAAAGCUUACUGCCCACCAAAGAUUGUGGAAGGAAACCCAUGUCUAGAGUACAUUAAGUACAUCAUUUUCCCAUGGUUUGGUAAAUUUGAGGUUACACGAAAUACAGAAAAUGGUGGAGACAAGACAUUCAAUAACAUGGAUGAACUAAUUGCAGACUAUGAAAGCGGGGCAUUGCAUCCAGCUGAUGUAAAACCAGCUCUCGCGAAAUCAAUAAAUCACAUAUUGCAGCCUGUCCGCGAUCACUUCAAAAACAAUAGUGGUGCCAGAGAACUUUUUAGAACUGUAAAGAAUUACAGAGUUACCAGGUGAUUGCUCAAAGAGACUGCUGGAUGGAUUGCCCACAGAUCAGACGUAUUCCUAUAUUUGAAUCCCCAAAAAGGCAUCCCAAUAUAAUAUUAGUAGGCAUUCUCAUAUUUUAGAAUCUUCAGAUUUCAUUUUUUCACCCAAAUGCUUAAACUCGUAAAAACUAAGUAGCUUUUUUGAUCUUGCUAUUUGAUUCUUGUGCCUGUAUCAUCUGAUAUUUUGAGGUUGGCAAGUAGAGCACAACAUGAUUGGUGGAAAUGAAGAUUUAGCAAUGCUGUUAUGUGGGACAGCGAUGAGCUUUAUACCCCUCUGUGCUUUUAAUAUUCAGUGAGAAGAGCAGACAUAAUCGAUAUAUGCUUGUCUGGUCAGUAAAUUUUCAUCUGCUAAUAAUUGAUGGCUACUACAUUGUGUGCUUAGAUUUUAAAUCAUGUAACAGAUGCUUUCUGAUGGUCCUGGGACUCAAAUUGCAAAAGCUCAAUACCUCUCCGUUGUGUUUGCCCGAGUCUCAUAGCAAGCAUUCGGCUCUUUGUUGGAAUGCUUGUAAUCAGAACCCUACUUAAAGUGCUUGCACAUACUGCAUGAUGAUACAUCGAAGUGCAAUGUAUUCUGUUUAACCAAAAAGCAACCCUACGAUAAGGGUAUGGAAUGAAGGAAUAUGGGCCUAUGGCUAAAUAUUGCAUGAUUUAAAUGCUUGAAAUCUUGUAUCCAGCUUGCCCAAUGUAUUGUUAUACAUCUAUGUACGUGAUUUUUCUUCGAUAGUGGCUUAUAACACUGUAUGUCUAGAACGUGGUUUUAGCACAUGUUGGGUUGGAUAACCAUUACAUUUUCCUACAUUAAUACAUAAAUAAUAUACAGUGUUUGUGC